CUUUUGCCCGAGCAGUGAAGCAAUGAACAAAUUAAUUCUAAUCUGUCUGAUAGUGUCAAUUGUUGUCUGCUGCGAAGCUCAACAAAGACCUAGAAGAAAUGGGCAAAGAAAUGGAGGAAACCAACGUAGUCAGAGAGGUGGUGGCAAUGGCAACACUGCAAGCCAAUCGACUACGAAUCAAAACUCCAAUAUGUCUCAAAAGAGAAAACAAAUGUCCGAGAUGAAACAUCAACAUUCAAAUUCAUCUAAUACUGAUCAUUCACAACACAUGCACGGAGGACAACAUAUGAGUUCCUUACAUAGUGCUGGCAUGCCAAGACCACCAGGUUUUCACGGAGGUUAUAAUCAUGAAGAAAACAACAAUGAAGAAUGAAAAUGAUUUGAUGUAAGCAACUCUCAAUAUUGAGAAUUCUUCAGAUUGAAUUUUUGCAAAGCGUUUAAUAAAAAUUAAUUCACUUCAGCACAAGAAAAGA